AUGGAGUGUUACAAUCUGUUCUCCGAGAAUUACAAACCACAGGAUGAAGAACUAAGGCAUGAACCCCCAGAUAUUUUCUUAAAGGACCAAAUCUUCGAUGUCAAGUUCUCUCCAACAGCUAAUGUUUUGGCUUUAAGUCAAGUAACAGGUCAUGUUAGAUUAUUCUCUUACAAUGAAGAAGCAAAUCAGGAGGUUCUAGCAUUUACGCACCAUAAAGCUAGUUGCAGAGCAGUUGAAUUUUCAGAUGAUGGAAAUUUCCUCUUCACGGGGUCUUCUGAUAACAGCAUUGGAAUCAUAACAAACGGAGAGCUUCUUUUUCAAGUUAAAAAUGCUCAUAAAGCUCCCAUAAAUAAGAUAAAAUACAUCGAGAACAAUGCAGUGAUUGCAACUGGAGAUGAUGAUGGACUCAUCAAAAUUUGGGACUUUAGAAUUUCUUCUACUAAAACUAACAAUCUCUGUGUUGCAACAUUUACUGAAAAUACAGACACGAUAACCGACAUCGUAUUGAACAAGGAAACUAAUCUCCUUCUCAGCACAAGUAACGACGGCUUUCUAGGUGUAUUUGAUAUCAGGAGGUCAUCUCUAAACCCUGAUAGUCUAUUCACAGGAAAUCUAUCAGAGCCAGGUGCCAAAUUCAAACCCUCUCUUUACGCAUUAUCUGAUAACAUGGAUGAAGAACUCACUUCUUUAUGAAUUGUUAAAAAUGGCAAAAAGGUAAUAGUAGCUUCUCAAGAAGGAACAAUGAUGCUCUUCUCAUGGGACUGGUUUGGUGACUGAAAUGAUCGAAUUACAGCCCACCCUUGCUGAAUCUCCACGAUGGUGCAAUACAACGAAGACAUUAUCCUGACUGGUUGUGAUGACGGAUACGUCAGAGCAGUCAACAUCUUACCUAACAGAAUAGUAGCGAUAAUUAAUGACGAUGCUGACGAAGAGGAUAGCCUGCCAGUUUCCAAAAUUGCACUCAAAAACAAUUUCAUAGCCUUCACUUGAAAUGAUGAAAUGGUCAGGAUUUAUGAUAUCAAAAAUUAUGAAGACCAAGGAUCAGAUGAGGAACCUUCAGAUAUUGAACAAGAAGCAGCUCAGACCAACCAAAAUGUAGAAGAAGUUAAAGAGGAUAGCGAUGCAGACAAGAACUGGGAAGAUUUAGAGGAUGAAAUGGAAAGUAGCAGUGAUGACGACGAUGCAGCUUUCGCUGGGGUUAAUGCCUACGGAGGUCAAGACGCGAACUGGACCAAGAAUAAGUCUGAAUUUGAAAGAAAGAAGAGACAGGACUUCUUCUCUAGUCUUUAG